UUAUCAAAUUUAAAGAGUUGCAGAUUUUUCUGUUUUUAUCUUAUUUCCUUCUCUGUGAGGGACUUUCGUAAUGUACGUUGCAAGUCAUUUUAGAAUCUCAACAAUUGUCUAGAACAGUCUAAAAUUUGCCAGUCAUCUUGUUACAGUAUCAGAUUGUUGACUAGUGUGUUUGCGCUUUUGUAAACGGCAUGAGUCUCGGUUAUCCAUCACUUCGGCCACAACCUGAAGGAAGUAAAAUUAUUCGGGUACCUGAUGGCCCAUAUGGUGCACCCAAUCUUAUGCUUAAUGGUUUGAACAAUGCACAUGCAGGAAGAGACCUUGUCUCCAGUCAUCCUCUGGAGCAUUCUGAGAAGAACUGGUUUGCUCACCAGCAGCAGAUGGACAUGGUCAUGCUAAGGAACUCCCAGGGUAUACAUGCUCCUCUUCGUCUACAUAUGGAACAACACAUGGCCAGAAAGAUACAGCGCCUGCCUGGUCUUCAUAGCUCCAAUGCUAUGCUGGACACCCUGACUGGGAGAGAUGAAGUGCUUGGUUUUGAAGACAUUCUGAAUGAUCCAGCAGAUGCUGAGUUGGUGGGACAACCACAUAUUCUUGUUGAGAAGCAAUUAGGUUUGCUGUAGAUACAGCACUUGUGUUAUUCAUCGAUGGAUUAAUUUUGUUUGUUCAUGGAAAGUAACUUGACAUUUCAUUUAAUUGAAAACCUAUAUUAUUUUAUUGCAUUAAAAAAGUUUUGGCUGAU